AAGGGAAAACAGACAUGUUUAAAUCUGUCGUUGGUCUACUAAUUAAUAGCCAUUAAGAUGUUUGAAUCCGUUCUCGAUCACAACGUCUCCGCACCGUAAGUCGUAACUAUCAAUUGUAUUCAGAAGACUUGCAUGGCUAACGUACCACACUAAUACGAGAGUUAGAGGUACUGUUUUAUUAGCUCUUAUUAAUUAUUAUUUUUAAAACUGUAACUAUUUAGUAUAAAUCUAUUAAAUAAUUCAAACCAAAGAACUCAUGUCGUCGGUUUCUAAAUUAAUUAAUGAAUUCUGGAACAUUAAUUUUGUAAUAAAAAGUGAUUAAAAACUGACAUCGAUCUAGCAAAUCAGAGAGAAAGAUGACACUUAAGUAUUAAUUAAGACCAGAUUUUCAAAAGCAGAAAACACAGUUAAACUCCAACCCAAAAUCGCUAUAUAAACAGCAUCCACCACUUCCAAUUAUCUUCACCUUUGUGUAAACCAAACCAAACGAGAGACUAACUCUAAAAACUCCAAAAACAAAACUAAUUCCUACUAAAGGAGAGCUCAAGAAAAUGGGUAUCAUAGUUCCAGUUCUGACUCUUGUCUUCCUCUUACUUACCACAAUGAGCCAUGCUGCCUCCAAACCGAGGAUGAUUCUGGUCGGCGGAUCUGCACAGGCAUGGAAGGUUCCAGAUUCUCCAGGCAACACUCUAAAUCACUGGGCUGAGAACAGUCGUUUCAAACUCGGAGACAUUCUCGUGUGGAAGUACGACGCGAAAGUUGAUUCGGUGUUACAAGUUACAAAAGAAGAUUAUGAUAGUUGUAACACAGAAAAGCCCUUGAAGCAAUUCAAUGAUGGAGACACAAAGAUCGAGCUAGACAAUUCAGGAGCUUGCUUCUUCAUCAGUGGUGCUCCUGAUCACUGUGCCAAAGGCCAGAAGAUUCAUCUUGUUGUAUUGGCUGAACGCAAUCCUGGUGGUGGUGGUGGCAGCGCUGACCGCGGCGCCGGUGACAAUCCUAAGGUUACUCCUGUUAGUCCUCCGGCUAACACUCCAGCUCCAGCUCCAGCCCAUAACGCUGCGGGUGGAUUGGAUGUUGGAAGCGGUUUGUUCUUGGCAGCGGUUGCGAUUGGUUUGGCUAUGGCUUAGAGAGAUUGAUCGAGAGAAUGUAGCGUUUAUUGUUUUAAACUUUUAGCAGAAUUUUUUCUUCAGAUCGUUAAGUUUUCUUUUGUUCCUUGUUUUAUCAACAUAAAAGAUCUCUCUCUUUUGAUUUGUGUUAUGUGAUAUUCACU